GGGAGCCGCCUCCCGCGGCCGCCCGCCGGGUCCGGACUACAAAUCCCAGCAGGCCUUGCGGGCAGGCGGCCAUGGCGGCGGAAUGGAGCGUCCUCCUCCUCACCUGCCAGCGCGGCGGCUCCGUCGCCGCUUUCCAGCGAGAGCUGGAGGCCCGGCGGCUGCGGGGGAGCCUGGGCCCGCGGCCCCCCGGCCUGCUCCUGGCUGUGGAAGACCCCUGGGCCCGGCUGGGCAGCGGCGGGGCCACCCUCAACGCCCUGCUGGUGGCUGCCGAGCACCUCAGCGCCCGGGCGGGCUGCACGGUGGUGAGCGCCGAUGUCCUGCGGGACGCCCGCAUCCUCAUCCUGCACACGGGCCGUGACUUCUCCUUCGAUGACUGUGGCCGGGCCUUCACCUGCCUGCCCAUGGAGGAGCCUGGUGCCCCAGCUGAAGCUCUGGUCUGCAACCUGGACAGUUUGCUGUGGACCAUGACACACCGGCUCUGCGUGGGUUCCCCACCUGGGGUGUGGGUCUGCAGCACUGACAUGCUCCUCACCGUGCCCUCAGCACCAGGGAUCAACUGGGAGAACUUCCAGGGUGUCAGGGUGAUCGCAGUGCCCGGCAGCCAGACGUAUGCCAGGAACCACGGGGUCUACCUCACUGAUGAGCAGGGGCUGGUGCACAACAUCAUCUACAAAGGCACAGAGGCCCAGAUCCAGGAGUGUGCAGGACCUGAUGGCACUGUCCCGCUGGUCUGUGGGGUGGUUUUCUUCUCCUCGGAUGCCGCCGAGCAGCUUCUGGCCACCCACGUCAUCCCUCCUCUGGAUGCCUGCACCUACAUGGGGCUGGACUCAGGGGCACCACCCAUCCAGCUCUCCCUCUUCUUUGACAUCGUGCUGUGCAUGGCAGGGGGGGUGACAGAGGAGGAGUUUGUGAAGGGUGGGGGUGACACCAGCGUGAGGAGCGCCCGCUCCGUGCUCUGGAGCGCCCUGCGCCCCUUCCCUCUCAGCAUGGCCUGCAUCCCCCAGGCCUCCUAUGACUACCUGACCACCUCUGCCAGCGACCACAUCUGCAGCCUGACGCUCCUGCCCAGCUCUGCCAGCCACCUCCACUUCUGCAAAGCAGCCCAUUCCCACGUGGAUCAGCCCUGUCUCCUGGAGGAUGGCUCUUCUGUCACCAACUGCCUGCUGGAAGGAUCUGUGAAGCUGGCAGCUGGCAGUGUCAUCCAGCACUGUCACCUCCAGGGUCCCCUGGAGAUUGGUCCAGGCUGCCUCCUCUCGGGCCUCUCUGUGGACUCCUCAGUGGCCCUGCAGGGCUGUCCCCUGCGUGACCUGGUCCUGCAAGGCCACCACGUCCGGCUGCGCCACCUGCCCUGCCGCGUCUUCACGCUCACCGGCCGCCUCGACGACUGGCAGAGCCCUGCUGAAGAGGCCACCUACCUGAACCUGCCCUGGCCCGAGUUCUUCCAUCGCACGGGCAUACGGGAAGGGGACCUUUGGGACACUGAGAUGCCGCCGAGGAGCCGCUGCCUGCUGAACGCCCGGCUGUUCCCGGUGCUGCACGCCCACCAGGCGCUGGAGCUGCAGGACGUGCUGUGGCUACUGGCCCCAGAAGCAGUGGCCAGCAAGCAGUUGGCACGUUGGCGGGGGGCCUGGCGCAUGUCCUGGCAGGAACUUCUGCCCUGCCUGGACAAAGAGGCUGAGCUGGGUGCCCGUCAGGACCUCUUCUUCCUGCAGGGCCAGCAGAAGGUGCGGCGGGUGCUGCUGGGGCGCCAGGACAGCAGCCUCCUGCCCCUGGCCCGCAGUGCUGUCCACCAGGGCUACCACCAGGCCAUGCUGGGCACGCUGGACCAGGUGGCUUCCACAGCGGGGGACGCGGGGGUGGCGGCGCGGGCGCUGGCCUGCGUGGCCGAGGUGCUGGGCUGCAUGGCACGGGGGGCAGGAGGCCUGCGGAGCGGCCCGGCUGCCAACGGGGAGUGGGCCUCAGCUUUCAGGCUCCUGGAGAGUGGGGACGUGGCAGGUGGGGUCCAGGAGCUGGCCAGAGAGAGGCAGAAGUGGAUGAGCAGCCCGGUUCUGCUGGUGAGAGCAGCUCGGCACUACGAGGGGGCCCAGCAGAUCCUCGUCAGGCAGGCAGUGAUGUCCUCCUGCCAGUUUGUCACCGUGGAGCAGGCUGAGAUGCCACCCUUGGGGCACUGGGUGCAGGUGGCUUGUCCGGCUCGCCUGGAUCUCUCCGGUGGCUGGAGUGACACCCCCCCCAUCACCUACGAGCACGGGGGGGCUGUGGUGGACGUGGCCGUGCUGGUGGACGGGCGCCGGCCCAUCGGGGCGCGGGUGCGGCGCAUCGGGCACCCCGAGCUGCGCCUGCUCAGCCUGGGCGGGACGGCGGGGAGCCCCGCGGUGGCCCGGCUGGUGUGCCAGGAGCUGCAGCACCUGCAGGAUUACUGCCAGCCACACGCACCUGGAGCUUUGCUCAAAGCUGCCUUCAUCUGCACCCAGGUCGUGCAGUUCCCCUCGCACAAGCCCCUGCGGGCCCAGCUGCUGGAGAACUUUGGGGGUGGGUUUGAGGUGCACACCUGGUCCGAGCUGCCCCAUGGCUCUGGCCUCGGCACCAGCAGCAUCCUGGCAGGAGCAGUGAUGGCCUCGCUGUACCGGGCGGCCGGCAGGGCCGCCAGCACCGAGUCCCUGAUCCAUGCUGUGCUGCACCUGGAGCAGCGUCUCACCACAGGUGGUGGAUGGCAGGACCAGGUGGGUGGGCUGGUGCCCGGCAUCAAGAUCGGGAGGUCGAAGGCUCAGCUGCCCCUCAGGGUGGAGGUGGAGAAGAUCCCAGUGCCUGAUGGUUUUAUCCAGACCCUCAAUGAUCACUUGCUGCUGGUGUACACGGGGAAGACUCGUCUGGCCCGAAACCUUCUCCAGGACGUGGUGAGGAACUGGUAUGCCAGGCUGCCCUCUGCUGUGGAAAACACCCACGCGCUGGUGAGCAACGCCGAGGAGUGUGCCCAGGCCUUGAGGCAAGGUAACCUGCCACUCCUUGGCAAGUGUCUGGACAGCUACUGGCAGCAGAAGAAGUGCAUGGCCCCCGGGUGCGAGCCGCUGGCUGUGGGGCGCAUGAUGGAGGUUCUUCAGCCCCACGUCCACGGGCAGUGCCUGGCAGGGGCUGGUGGUGGUGGCUUCCUCUAUGUCCUGACCAGAGCUCCCCGGCAGAAAGAGGCUUUGCACCAAAUCCUAGCAAAAACUGAGGGACUGGGAAACUUCAGCAUCCACAGCAUUGAAGUAGACACAGGUGGUUUCUCUGUGGAAGUUGUGGGACGUGAUCUGGAGGACGGUUCUCACCCUGAAGAAGAUGUGGCCGUGUGAAGGCCUCCAGCCCUGGCCAGUUCCUGGAUGAUAAGCAGGGCAGGGGAGGGAGCAGCCAGCUGCCUUUCCAUGCAGGACACUCCAGAGCUCUUCCAGUAGGUGCCUUAGGUCUUGAUGUGACCUUUUUGUGCUGCUACUUGCCCCGUAAGCCACAGAAGCUGCAGAAGCUGUGAUGAGCUGGGCAGGCAAAACCAUCCCUGAAGGGUGGCCUUGCUGGAAGGACAGUUUGCUGGGGCCUCCAGGCUGAUUUUUGGAGUUUCACUCUGGUUUUCAUGGUUCCCCAAAGGGCAAGGAGUAGUAUUCGUGGUGCUGCCUCUAGCAGGACCUUUCCUGCUCUUCCACCCAUUCAUGGAAUGCUCCAAGGAUGCACCUUGUGUGUGGAAUCCAGUCCCUGUCCCAUACUGAGAGACUGUUUCUGCAGAGAGUUCCUGGUCUUCACAGUCUUUUUGAAUAAAAACCUUGUUCCCA